AUGUGCACCUUUCGUUCCUUCGCAGACCGUCUCCCUCACACCUCACACGGCGCCAUGACGAAGAAGGAGAACUCCCCACGACUCUACGUGCGGGCUGUGGUGCUGGGCCACAAGAGAGGCAAGUCGAACGUGCACGAGCACACGUCGCUGCUGCAGAUCGAGAACGUGCAGAGCAAGGAGGAGAGCCAGUGGUACCUGGGCAAGCGCAUCGUCUACAUCUACAAGGCCAAGACGCUCAAGAACGGCAGCCUCUACCGCUCCAUGUGGGGCCGCGUCACGCGCCCGCACGGCAACACCGGGGUGGUCCGCGCCAAGUUCAAGAAGAACCUGCCCUGCACCGCCACGGGCCGCAGGGUGCGUGUGUUCCUCUACCCCAGCAACAUCUAA